AUGAACUUCUACAACAUCUUCAUUUUCGCCGUUCUCUCAAUUGCCGCCGUUUCUGGACAUCGUUGCCGUGGUCGAUACAGCGGAGGUGGCCGUGGACGUGGAGGAAUUGUCAUUGGAACUGCCAAGGAAUAA